GCGGAAGAAAGAUCUGGAAGGUUCUGGAGGCGGGGUUGUGUGGAUACAAGAGAGGAGUUGAGUGUGUACACCCUGAGAGAUAAACUCAGGAGCGGCUGAUACAGGUCCGUCUGUAGUUUUAUACGCCACUCGUAAGCAUGGGCAAAGAUUACUACAAGAUCCUCGGGCUGUCGCAAGGAGCGUCGGAGGAAGAAAUAAAGAAGGCCUACAGGAAACAGGCCUUGAAGUAUCACCCCGAUAAGAACAAGGACCCCGGGGCCGAGGAGCGUUUCAAGGAGAUCGCGGAGGCCUACGACGUGCUUAGUGACCCCAAGAAGAAAGAAAUAUUUGACAAGUAUGGAGAGGAAGGUCUAAAGGGAACCCCAGGUGGUGGGAGUGGCGGUCCCAACGGUCCAUCUUUCAGCUACACCUUUCAUGGGGACCCACAUGCCAUGUUCACAGAGUUCUUUGGGGGCCGCAAUCCCUUUGACACCUUCUUUGGACGUGGUGAAGAGGACAUGGAAACAGAUGAUCCUUUUGCAAGUUUUGGCAUGGGUGGAUUUAGCCACUUCCCUAGACAUGCUGGUGGCCGAAGGGAGCCUAUUGCCAAGAAGCAGGAUCCACCUGUGGUGAGGGAACUACCAGUGUCUCUUGAGGAUAUUUUUAUUGGUUGCACCAAGAAGAUGAAGAUCUCCCAUAAGAGGCUUGGCCCAGAUGGAAGAAGUGUACACAAUGAGGACAAGAUCCUGACUAUCCAAGUUAAAAAAGGCUGGAAAGAAGGCACUAAAAUCACCUUCCCAAAAGAGGGGGAUGAGACUCCAAGCAACAUUCCUGCAGACAUUGUAUUUGUCCUGAAAGACAAACCUCACCAUUUAUUCAAGAGAGACUCUUCAAACGUGGUCUACACAGCCAAGAUCAGCCUGCGGGAGGCUCUCUGUGGCUGCUCGCUUAAGAUCCCCACCUUGGAUAAUCGCACUAUACCUCUCACGAUCAAAGACGUAAUCUCCCCUGCAACCAAGAAGCGGAUCCCUGGUGAAGGACUUCCUCUUCCCAAGUCUCCCGAGCAGCGGGGAGAUCUCAUUGUGGAGUUCGAUAUUCGUUUUCCUGAGCGCCUUCCUGCAGCAUCUCGUGAGGUGCUGGAGAGGCUGCUGCCUGCAUAGGGACCGCUUGGUACCUUCUCACGGUGAUACUGACCAAAGCUGUUACGAUGGGACCAGCCUACAAAACUCCAUAAGCACUAUGGAAGGUGCAAUAUGCUUAAAGGUGGCUGAGGCGUAUACAUGUGUUAUGUUUAAACUACUCUUCCUACUACCAAAACAUAUCCCUUAACAAGAAAUUUAAUUUACUGGAUUCCAGAGGUUUUUUUUAUUUUAUUUUUUUCUUUCUAAUAAAAAUGAACAUAAUGUUCAUGAACCCCACAAAGCCUAUUUCGAACUAGAUCUCAGAAAGUUUACUUAGUGGCCCAGAUGGCUAUCUGUAUCUAACUGGAAGUUGUUAGAAAGCGGCACCA